AUGCAGUGUGUCCUGGGUGCGAUCAUUUUAUACGUGGCGGGUGUAUGGCACUUAAAAACCAGUGCAAAUGUCAUUAUCCUGGAAAAAUCAGAGAUAAUAAAACUUGUGCAAGCUGUUUUAUGCAGACAAGACCAGUGCCAUGGUCUAAAUUGAAUUAUUGCAAUACAUGCCAUAUAUAUUAUUGCUCAACUUGCGAAAAGAGGCUGUAUGAUUGCAGCUGUGGAGUCGGGCCAUUUAGGAUUCAAAAUUGUCCCGUGUGUAGAAAUAUAA